GUCUUCGGGUCGGAUUGCAACCAUAACUUACGGUCAAACGGCAAAUCUUUUGAUAUUGGUAACUUCAUCAUCAUUCCAACCUAAAUCUUGUGAAAUGCGAUUCUCGCUCUAUUUAGCGGUUGUUUUCUUUUUGGUAAACUUCGCCUACGGCUUUUCGGCGAAACCACCCAGUGGUCGCGUAGCUCCGUUUCGGGUCGAUACAAGCAGUGUACGCAACAGUCCGUCGCUUUCCGCACAAGCUCACUCGUGGGUCACUAUAAGGGGCGGAGCACAGAAGACAUCAACACGUCUUAAAUCGGGCCCGAUCAACAACGAUUCGAAAUGCCCGGUUACUGGUGUAGCUACAGUCGCGGCGUCCAUAUGGGGAACAGGCGGCGUUCUUUAUAUCCUUGCCAAAGCUAUUAAACGAGUUCUCCCUAUCGCAUUGGAACCCUUUGUAGCCGGUGCUGUUCCUUUGAACCAAGUUCAACUCGGCACUCUCGUCUCUCACUCUACUUUUCAUCUUCGAUACAGUGCGUACAUUGCCACAUGCCUUUGGUUUGCCUAUGUUGAAGGGUACAAGGGGUUUCAGUUGAAGUUUAGCCCGCUAGUUGUAAAACGAUCGUUUACUCUUGUACCAGGCAAGAAUGGAACAUCCUGGUACCAUUUCGUAUUGGCGCCUUUCUAUUCCAUGGGCCUGGUCCACGCGACAAAAAAGCGCAAAAUCAUAAGCUGGAGUGUCAGUAUCGGUGUGGCUGGUAUCGUGGCUGCGGUCAAACGAUUUCCAUAUCCCUGGCGAAACAUUGUGGAUGCUGGCGUUGUGGUAGGACUGACGUGGGGAAGCCUCAGUAUUUUGCUGAUCUACAUCAAGUCCUGGAUGAUCGGGCAGCCGCCUCAGCAAAUUGAUGCUGCUCUUCCAACUGCAAAGAAGUAA